ACUCUACUCUCUCUACCUUUCACCACUAUUUAUAUAUAUAUAUAUAUAGACAGAGAGAGAGAGAGAGGAGUAAGAAUUGCAGCAAUAGCUUCACCAAAAACUUGGCAGCUAUGGAGGCAGCAGCAAUGGAGUGCUUGAGGCCUUUUGUCAACGCCAAGCCAUGGGAGUAUAUCGUGGUUUGGAUUUUAGGGGACGAUCCUUCAAGGUUUAUACAGUGGGGGGCUUGCUGUUGCAGCGGCGCAAACAGGGUGGAGAAGGAUGAAAAUGGAGGGGUGAAGGAGGAGUGCUGUUGCAGGGAUCAGAUUGUGAAGCAUUCCAUCCAAACCAAGGCUUGCAGGAGACUUGCUCUGUUGCCGUCAGUCAUUCCGCUCUACUCUGGAAUCCACGGCGAUGUUGCUACAUCCAAACAGCCAGUUUGGACGACGGCCUCUUCUUCAGACAACGAGCCAAAGGGGACUCAAGUUGUAAUCCCUGUAGACGGCGGACUGGUCGAAUUCUUCAGCUCAAAGCAUGUGGCGAGGGAUCAGAAGAUGAUAGACUAUGUAUCGGCCCGAUUCGGACAAGAAACCGUUAUGGAUAAGCCGAAAGCCAUGGCCAUGAAUCUCAACCAGCUCGGAGAUCACCUCUUGGAACCCGAUUCCUAUGAUUGGCAAAUCCAUUGCCUCAACUUCCUCCCCCAGCUCGAAGCCUCGUCGUUGAGCUCAAACCUCUCGACCAGACACCGCCAAUUAAUGCCCUCCGAUCACGCGAGCUGUCCGAAGCCCAAGAGGAAGAAGUGCACAGAUUCUGUAUCCGUCAUCGGCGCAGUGAAAAACCGGGAAAGAGGGCCUUACAAGUCGAAGAAUCUUGUCACGGAGAGGAACCGGAGGGAGAGGAUCAAGGCCGGCAUGUUCGCCCUCCGCGCAUUAGUCCCGAAGAUAUCCAAGAUGGACAGGGUGGCGACGCUGGGAGACGCCGCCGAGUACAUCGAGGAGCUAUUGGAGAGCAUCGAGGAUUACAAAAGCCAAAUUCAAGCCAUGGAAGACGAAGACAAAUGCGGCGAAGUGAUCAACGCGGAGCCCGAUUGCCCCCUCCUCAAGAACGCCGUUGCGGAGGAGAGGCUGCCGCCGCCAAUUCCAACGCCACCGGCGGAAGUUAGCCGUCUGGGGGCAAAGGAUUUUGCCGUGAAGGUGGCGUGUGCGCAUAGGAGAGGCGGGUUUUCGCGGCUGAUGGAGGCGCUCGACGCCUUGGGGCUACAAGUGGUCGACGCCAAUGUCACCACGCUCAACGGCUCCAUGUCGUCGAUUGUUCUUAGAGUUCAAGGAGGCAAUGAGGAGGUGGAUCCUAAGAGCUUGGAGUGUUUGUUGAUCCAACUGGUUGCUUAAGAAGAUCUUCCAUUGGUGAUUUUUCAUAUUUGUUGUUAUUAUUAUUAUUAGGUGAUUUGUUUGUUGUGUAUUUUUGUGUUGUAUGUUUUGUUAAUAGACUAAAUCUGUCCUUGGAGUGGAGUGGGCACUGGAAUCUGAGAGUAUAUUCUUGUAGAGUGAAGUGGGCACUGGAAUGGAAUCUGAGAGUAUAUUCUUGUAUGUUUGAUACAUCAUUAUUGUGUU